GCCGGCCCGCGGGAGCCCAUGAGGAGGGGGGCGGAGGAGGACGAGGAGGACUUCCGGGAGGGGCAGGCGGGGGGGAGGGGGAGGGGAGGCCCCCCCAUGCGGGGGGAGGGGGAGGAGCAGCAGCAGCCCCCCCGCGCCCCCCCGCCAGGCCCCAGCAGGCUGAAGCGAAAGGGCUCCUCCGGCACUGAGCAGCCCUCCAAGAAGCCCAAGAGCCUCAGGGCCAGGGCAGGAGCUGCCCAGGUGGAGGAGCUGCUGGUGGCCCUGGCCAUGUCCCGCUCGCUCCACGAGGAGGAAGAGGAGGCAAAGGCCCAGCUGCAGAGGAGGCAGAACAGAGCCCAGCGGCAGGACGGAAGGAGGAGGAACCCCAGAGCAGAGAAAAAGACCCGCGCGAUGCCUCCUCGCUCACCACCAACGCUCCUGCUUCAAGACCCGGAGAAGGCCCGCAGGGAAAUGGAGGAGCGUGUGGCCUUGCUGCUUUCUGAAGUGGACGAGUUCCCCAGCACCCCUCCUCUGCCCCCCAGCCGGCUCUUGGCUUCGGAGCUGCCCCGGAAAGUGGGCUGGCCUGGGGCCUCGCCUUUGUGGGAACGCAGCUCUCUCGUAGGACCCCCUGCUCCAGGUCUCAUCUGCGUGGCUGCCUUGGCCCGGCCUGCUUUGCCAGGGCAGGUGGAUCAGGCCGCUCUGGGAGCCGCUGAACAGGCGUUCAGUGAUGGUCAUCCCAACCAGUCUGACAAAAGUCAUAAACCCCGUUUUGAACCCAAUAAACUUGUGAGACCGUCGCAGAGCACAGCUUUGCCAUUGUGGGGCUCCAUCAGACCAGAGGCAGAGGAGACGCUCCCCCCAGGAAGGGCGUGUGGCAGGAGCCCUCAGGGCCAGGAGGAGGAGGGAGGCAGCCCGCAGGAAGGAGGAGCCCUGCAGGACCUGAUGGAGCUUGCGGGGGAAGGGCUGACGCUCACUCAGUGGGGCCCGGCUGCCCAGCAAGGGGAGGAGCCAGGACAAGAGUGGGUGCCUGGCGAUGUUCCGUGGAGCUGUCUGGACCAGUCACUCGAGAAGAAGCUGCCCCUGGGAAGCUGCCGCUGUCCACCAGUCCUGCUGGGCUUGUUAGCCGCUGCCUUCAAAGGGAUGGUGAAUAACCCCCACCUGAGUGACGUUCAGUUCCAGGUGGGCAGCGGGGAGCUCUUCUAUGCUCACAUGUUUGUGCUUUAUGCCCGGUGCCCACAGCUCAUGGAGGUGGUGGAUCAGCAAGGCUUCUGGGUGGCAGAAGACGGAGAGGCCAAGACCCGCCGGGUGCUGCUGGGUGAUGUCUCGGGAGAGGCUGCCAGGGUCUUCUUCAGCUACCUCUAUACUGCUGAGCACUUGAUCCCUCCAGAUGUCCGGCCAGAUGUGCUCACUCUGGCCAUGAGGUUUGGGGUGGCAGAGUUGGCUGCUCUGUGCACAAGCCCCUGCUGGAGCGGGCAGCCUGCCGCUGCUGCCUCUGCACAGGAGGAGGAGGAGGAGGAGAGGCUGGAGAAGUUUGAGGAGCUCUUGAAGUCCCUCUGGGUGGGCGAAGAGGAAGAGGACAAGGCUGUGCUGCCGGAGGAGGAUGGGGUGAACGAGCAGGAGCUGGAGGAGAUCCAUGAGUUUGCCACCACCCAGCAGAGGGAAGCAGAGGAGGCAAGGCGCAGCAGGGGGAGCCAGGGAGCAGGGCCAGGGGAGCCCUCAGGAGGGAAGCGGGGGGGCCUGGACGCCAGGGAAGAAGAGGCCCUGCCGGAUGAGAAGAGCCUCCUGGCAGGGUCUUGGGGGGAAUCUCUGGAGCUUUUCCGACAGGAGCCUGGCGAAGAAGCUGCAGUCGUGAAGUCUUCCACUCCCCUGGGGCUGCCGCCGCUUUCACCGAACACUUCCCUGGGGGGCUCUCGGGUCCCGCUUGGGGUCUUGGCUGAGAAGCUUCCAGCCUCUCCCCAAGGGAGGGGAGGCUUCUGUGGCGAUCUCUCCCUCGCGCUCUUCUCUCCAGCCCCACCGGAGGCCUGCCAAGGCCAGGAGCAGGAUCUGCCAGCAAGGGGGACAGACAGCAUCGGCUGUGGCCCGGCCCCUGUGGAGCUGCUGCUGGACCCUGAGGAGGAGGAGGCAGCGAUGGGAGCCCCAUCCCAGGAGCGGGAGGCGGUUGCGGCCAGCCAGGGCAGGGGCCCAAGCGAUGGGUCGCUUGCAGCGCAUGCCUUGGCCUCUGGGCCCAGAGCCGCUCCGGACGGCCACUGCACUCAGCCAUCGGCUGUGAUCCUGCAGGGCUGGCUGCCCCCAGGCCACCGCUCUCCGCCUUGGAGGCCCUCUGCCCGCCUGCCAAGAGCCACAGAGGCUGCGGCUGAUGUGGUGGUGAUUCUGGAUGACAGUGAGGAGGAGGCAGAGGUGGCACCUCGACUGUCCUGGGGCAGCUCUGUGCAGCAGGCGGAGCUGCCCAUUUUGGAGGAGAGCCACGGUCAGCGGCUGGAUUUGGGGGGCGGGGGGAGCGAGGCGGAGCUCCUGCCUCUCCCCCGGAGGCUGCCUGUUCCGGUGCCCCUUCCCCGGACGCCUGAUCUUGUCUGCCCAGAGAGGGAAGCCCCACCCACUCUUACGCCAUCUUACUCCACCAUGGGGACGCCGGUGCUCAAGAAAGAACUGAGCAGGUUUGGGGUGCGCGCUCUGCCCAAGCAGCAGAUGGUCUUAAAGCUGAAGGAGAUAUUUCACUACACUCACCAAAGAUCUGGCUCCAGAGCCGUGGCCUGUGCCUCCUCGCAGCGGGGCUUGUGCCGCGGGACUCAGGCAGCCCGGAGAGGACCCACGUUUCCUGCAGCUGCCCACAGUGGCUGCACUGAGCUUCUGCAGGGACGUGCGGCUGGCAGCUGUGCGGGAGCAGGUGUCCCAGGGCAGGGACCAAGGGCCAAGCGGGGGUGUUUGCGGAAGAGGACAGCAGCGGAGGCUCCCGUCCGACAUGGCCUCUCAGGGACUGCUAGCCACACGCCUGCCAUCCUUCAAAGCUCUUCCUCUGCGCUUGAGACCAGUGUGCUGGCCGAGGAGGAGGAGGAGGACGACAUCCCAACCUCUCAGUCAGCCCGCCGCGAGGCAGACAUGUCGGUGGCGCUGCGGCAGUACCUCCAUUCCAGGCCGGCUCUCUGCCGACAGAUUCUGCUCUACCAGCCCUUUGAGCUGGCCCGGCUGCACUCGGAGCUGAAGCAGAACGGCAUCAGGGUCGCCCUGGGCAGGCUGCUCGAGUUCCUGGAUGCUCACUGUGUCACCUUCACCACCGCAGAAGCUCGGAGGGAGAAACAGCGGAGCAGGAAGAAGCGAUACUGAGGGGCCCUUGGAGGCUGCUUUGCCACCACCUUUCCUCAAGCUUUUGCUGCCGCAGCUCGUGUUUCUUCUUUCUGUGUCAGUACAGGAGAGGCUGGGUGGCCUUUCUCCAGGGGACCUGGGCCUCUCAAGACGACAAGGGGCACGGGGGGGGUCAGAGGAAGAAGCAUCUUGUUCACUCAGCUUUUUCUUCUUUAAGGUAGUCUUGCCUCAGUGCUCCUUACUCUAGUAACAAACCAUCUGUGCCCCAUCUAACUUCUGUACUGAAAAUGAUGUCAUGUGCCUCUUUGUAUAAUGAAAGUGUUUUGUAAAA